AUGCAGAUUAACCAUAAUGGCUCGGGUGGCAGUUCGACUAUGGUCCUUGAACUUCCCAAAAGGUCCCUCCAACAAGAAAACACCAAUAAACAGAUCCGCGAAGCCGUCGAAGACACAUCAGCAGGUGCUCUGCCACCCCCUACGACAGCUGUACCUCAACUACAAAAAUGGAACUCACCCAGGAUCAAUGUGUGGCGUUGUUUUGCGACCUUUUACUCUUUUAUCAUUUUAGGGGCCAAUGAUGCCGCCUAUGGUGCACUUAUUCCUUAUCUCGAAGAGUAUUAUAAUAUUAAUUACACGAUCAUCUCAUUGGUCUUUCUCAGUCCCAUUGUGGGAUAUGCUACAGCGGCGCUUUUGAAUAACCAUAUUCACACUGUGUACGGUCAGCGAGGUGUCGCUAUUAUCAUGAGUAUCUCACACCUAGUGGCAUAUGUGGCAAUUUGUGUCCAUCCUCCCUACCCGGUCUUGGUGCUGGUAUUUAUCUUAGCGGGUUUUGGUAAUGGGCUGGGUGAUAGCGGAUGGAACGCUUGGAUCGGUGACAUGGCCAAUGCCAAUGAAGUUCUCGGUUUUCUCCACGCCUUCUAUGGCCUGGGGGCAGCAAUCUCUCCGUUAGUCGCCACAUCACUCAUCACCAAAGCCGGCUGGCGAUGGUAUCAAUUCUACUAUCUGAUGGCCGGUGGUGCAGCACUUGAGGUUGGUGUUCUAGUGAGCGCAUUUUGGGAGGCCGAUGGACGUGCAUACCGAGCUGAACAUCCAAAUACAGCCGAUGAUGUUGACUCUGGGGCAAGCACACCAACUGAGGACUCAUCUCCACAAGGCAACAAGAGACGUGGAUUCCUCGCCAAAAUCAGCCCUUUCGGCAAAAGGCCAAAGGGCGGCAAGAGCAAAACGGCCGAGGCGGUCAAAAACCCAGUCACGUUACUUGCAUCUGUUUUCCUACUCAUUUAUGUCGGUAUCGAGGUCAGCAUCGGCGGGUGGAUCGUCACCUUUAUGCUUAAUGUCCGGAAGGGAUCUCCCUUUGCGUCCGGGAUGGUCUCAACGGGAUUCUGGCUAGGCAUCACUGUCGGAAGGCUUAUCCUGGGAUUCGUUACAGCGCGGGUGUUCAAGACCGAAAAGCACGCCGUCGCAACCUACCUUAUCCUCAGCAUCGCCCUUCAAUUGAUGUUUUGGCUGAUCCCCAACUUCUUCGUCAGUGCCGUUAUGAUCAGUCUAGUGGGAUUCUUCCUCGCCCCGCUGUUCCCUGCCGCUGUUGUUGCUCUCACGAAGCUCCUCCCGAAGAAACUUCACGUCGCGGCUGUGGGCUUUGCAGCUGCCUUUGGAGCAAGUGGUGCCUGUGUCCUGCCUUUUGCGGUGGGUGCCAUAGCGAAUGCAGCCGGUGUCAAGGUUCUGCAGCCGAUUAUUCUUGCAUCCCUCGUUUUGUGUUUGGCGGUCUGGCUUUUCAUCCCAAAGCUGCCCAAGCAGAGAAUGUCAUGA